AUGGACCUGCACAUCCUGGAGCACCGGGUGCGGGUGCUGAGCGUGGCGCGCCGCGGCCUCUGGCUCUACACGCACCCGCUCGUCAAGCUGCUCUUCCUGCCCCAGCGCUGCAGGUGCAAGUUCUUCAGCCUCACGGAGACYCCCGAGGAUUACACCAUCAUGCUGGACGAGGAAGGCUUCAAAGAGCUGCCGCCCUCGGAGUUCAUGCAGGUGGCGGACUCGACGUGGCUGGUGCUCAGCGUUGUGUCCAGCGGCAGGGCCUCCUCCGGCUGCCAGGCCACCGGCGUCACCAAGAUCGCCAAGUCAGUGAUUGCUCCGCUGGCCGAGCACCACGUCUCGGUGCUGAUGCUCUCCACCUACCAGACCGACUACGUCCUGGUCCGGGAGAAGGACCUGCCRGUGGUGAUCAACACACUGGCGGGCGAAUUUGACAUCUACAAGGAGGAGAAUGGCGAGUCUGUCCCCGUCAGUCACGAUGAUGUGAGCAACGGCUUCCUCAAACCGAAGGCAGCCGCCAGCCCCACAGUGCACCCCGUGCAGAGCCCCCAGAACCGCUUCUGCAUCGUGACCGUGGCGCCCGACACGCUGCCCGCCAUCGCCACCAUGCUCAUCGACGUCCUCUUCUACUCCCCCAGCCCUCCAAAGGAGGCUGGCCCUGGCAGCCAGGACCUGGACACCAUCACCUUCUUYGCCUUUUCCCUCAUCGAGGGCUACAUCUCCAUCGUGAUGGAUGUGGAAACCCAGAAGAGGUUCCCCAGUGACCUGCUGCUGACCAGCUCCACGGARGAGCUCUGGCGCAUGGUGCGCAUCGGCGGGCAGCCCCUGGGCUUCGACGAGUGCGGCAUCGUGGCGCAGAUUGCUGAGCCGCUGGCCACCGUGGACAUCUCGGCCUACUACAUCAGCACCUUCAACUUUGAUCACGCCUUGGUCCCUGAGGAGGGCAUCUCCGAGGUCAUCGGGCUGCUCCGGCGGCGCCAGGAGAGCAGCAGUUAGCAGGCACCGGCCCUCGAGGCCAGGGUGAUGGUGACGGGAGCGCCCCGGCCCUCGUCGAGCACCGCGACAUGUAUCACAGCAGGACCCUGCAUCUGACUGUGGGCAUCGUGCCCUCCGGCAGCGUUGCCCCGUUGCUGAGGGCUCCUGUUGCUCCACUUUGGCUUGUGGCCACCUCUGGCACACUGUUGGGCUCAGGGUUGGCCCUUUGGCCGCUCUCCCCUGGCCCAGGGUGGCCAGCACGGGGCUGACCCCAGAGGACCAAGAUGUGGCUCCUGCCAUGUGGCUGCCAAUGCGCAGCUGGCACCGCAAUGUUUAACCGCAAGAAGAGGGAGAAAUCUCCUCUGUGAAACCCUGGAGAUGCUGAAACGCAGGAGCGGCCGUGCUCUGCCUCGAGAGCUCCCUGGCCUGUCGCCACUUGCA